AUGGCCUCAGUCCCCGACUUCGACAGCCUAACCCUAGACCCCAAGGGUCCCGUAGGAAACGCAUGGGGCCUGUUCCCAAGAAAUGACAUCGGCAUGCUCAACCUACUCACGCCUGAGAACAUACGACAAGCAGCGAGCGAGGAAAUUCGCACGGGUGUCCGAAUUUCGCUCGAUCUGGCAUUAGACCGGCUCAACCACCCGAGUUAUGGACGCAAGCCAUUCACCCGGGAAAUGGUGAAUAAGGCACCGAGAAUUGUGAAUGACGAUAUUUUGAUGUUUAAUACGCAGACGAGUAGUCAGUGGGAUGGGUUUCGGCAUUAUGGACACCAGGAAUUGGCAUGUUACUACAAGGGACAUACGUUAGAAGAGUUGCAGGAUUCACCUGUUAUCGGCAUUGAUUGCCGAGGAGUCCUCCUCGACUAUGCAACCUGGGCGAAAAAGAAUGCAAUCCCCCUAACCCCCUUCCAGACCAGCAGCAUCCCCCUCUCCCACCUUAAAAACAUAGUCCAAGAAAAUAAUAUCAAAUUCCGACCCGGCGAUAUCCUCUUCGUCCGCACCGGCUUCACAGAAGCUUACAACAACCUCUCAAACGAAGAAGAAGCCGCGCUGGCCCAGCGCCCCAGUCCCGAUUUCUCCGGCGUCGAGAACGGUGAAUCCACGCUGCGCUGGCUGUGGGAGAACCAAUUUGCCGCAAUUGCUAGUGACUCACCGAGCUUUGAGCCUUCACCUCUCGUUAGGGAGGAUUCACCGGCGAAUACGACAUUGCACCAGUGGUGUCUUGCAGGGUGGGGGAUGCCGAUCGGGGAGUACUUUGAUUUGGAGGAACUUGCGGAGUACUGUCGGGUGAAUGGGAGGUGGAGCUUCUUUUUGUCGAGCGUGCCGCUUAAGGUUCCGGGGGGCGUCGCGAGUCCGCCUAAUGCGGUUGCUAUUCUUUGA